AUGUCCUUCUCCAACCUGGUCAACGACCUGAGUCUUCGCGACCGCCACCCCUCGAACUCGAUCGCAACGAACAGCGGCUCGGUACGCGACAAUCGGUCGACAUACUCCCGCGCCCGCUCCUAUGCCUCGACGGCCGCCACCAGCGUCAGCAUUAGCGGCGACAUCUCCAGCCAGCUGCAUGGCGGCUACUCACAUCCCCUCACUCGCGCCUGGCAGGCGGAGCGGCAGUUGACCAAGAGCAUGCUCAUCUACCCCAUCUUCGUUACCGACAACCCUGACGAGGAGACGUCCAUUCCGAGUCUGCCCAACCAGAAGCGCAUGGGCCUCAACCGCCUGGUUCCCUUCUUGCAGCCACUCGUUGCCAAGGGUCUGAAGAGUGUCAUCGUAUUUGGAGUGCCUCUCGCGCCCACCGCCAAAGAUGCUCUGGGCACGUCCGCAGAUGACCCACAAGGACCUGUCAUCUCCGCCAUUCGUCUCCUCAGACGCGCAUUCCCCCGCCUGUUCAUCGUCGCCGAUGUCUGUCUCUGCGAGUACACCUCACACGGUCACUGUGGUAUUCUCCACGAAGACGGCUCACUCAACAACUCACUCUCCGUCGAUCGCGUUUCGGACGUCGCCAUGGCGUAUGCUGAAGCUGGCGCACAUUGCGUUGCUCCCUCUGACAUGAACGACGGCCGCAUCCGCGCUAUCAAACUCAAGCUCAUCGAAGCCGGCAUGGCGCACCGCAUUGUUCUCAUGUCCUACUCCGCGAAGUUCAGCGGCUGUCUCUACGGUCCCUUCCGCGAUGCUGCAGGCUCAUGUCCCAGCUUCGGCGACCGCAAGUGCUACCAACUGCCGCCGGGCGGACGAGGACUGGCGAGGAGAGCGAUCCAGCGAGACAUCGCAGAGGGUGCGGACAUCAUCAUGGUCAAGCCUGCGACACAGUACUUGGACAUCAUUUCCGACGCCAAGGAGAUUGGCAAGGACAUGCCCGUGGCCGCUUACCACGUCAGCGGAGAGUACGCCAUGGUGCAUGCGGCUGCAAAGGCCGGAGUUUUCGAUCUGAAGACGAUGGCUUUUGAGGUCACCGAGGGUAUUCUUCGGGCCGGCGCYACAAUUGUAGUGUCGUACUUCACUCCAGAGUUCCUGGAUUGGCUGGAGACGUAG